CAAUUGGCUGAAACGUUUUAGCCAAUCACGUAGCUCUAUGUAUGCAGAGUGGCCGGUGGCGCCGUGACAUUCACUCUUUCGUGCGUGUGUAAAUAUCUAACAAUGAGUAUUAUGCUCUCGUCUUUCUACAAGCUGGGCAGAAUAAUCUCUUCCAGCAGUAGCAUCCCUGCAGGGAGCAUCACAGCAAGAUCUCACCUUAGGUUGUUCAGCAACUGGAUUGUACCCAGAGAAACUACAGGACCUCAGAUUCACAGAUGUGGUCCCCUUUCCUCACAAGCGGAGGGUGUGAGCGGGUUCCAGCAACUCCCGUGGAGCUACCAGCAGGUGCGGACACGAAAAAGAGGCACAGAAUAUCAACCCAAGAACAUCAAGCGCAAGAGGACCCACGGCUGGAUCAAGCGGCUCAGCUCACAAGGUGGCAUUGAGGUCCUUCUGCGGCGCAUGUUGAAGGGGAGGAAAUCACUCUCACACUAAGGCCGCUAUGACUUUCAAGAAACUGAGAUUGGUUCUAAAAUGCUGGAGGUGCUCAAGUACAUUGGAUUAGGUGGUGAUCUUGGGUCUGGGCUGGAUUGGACUUUCCCACAACAUUAGCAGUUUCAAGUAAAUGGAAAGUGGCUUUUCAACACAUUUCUCUUGGGACCCCAAAAUAUUAUAAUAAAACUUAUACAGUUUUACAUUUUAUGUUAAAAAUCUAAAUGGUCUCCAAAAUAAAAUCAAAGCAAAAUUGGUGUGA